AUAGUAAAAUCUACUCAAUCUUUGUUAAAAUUAUUUUUUCCCAGGGUUGUUUGUUCUUGGAAGUAAAGUCCACAAAGGUAAAAAGAAUUUUCAGAUUUACUGAGCGUCAUUGAACGCAACAAAAGGCAUGCUGUCUUACCGUCCACUUGCUAAAUUCUUGCCUGGAGUGCUUCAUGUUCCUCUGGGUUGAGUUUGGUACAGAAGACGGAACAAAUAUUUAGCUGUAUUUUAAAGAAAAGUUUCUUCAGCGAGGAGUGGCUCGUGUUUGGGCUGCACAGACAUGCCCAACACUGCGUGCAGUGAUCCCGGCGCCCGGGUUUCGGACCCGCAGCACUCCCAGAAACUGCUGCGAGUCCUCCGGACCUUCUGGGAGGAGAAAAGUUUCCACGACGCGGUUCUGGUCGUUGAUGGAGAGGAACUUCCGGUGCAGAAAAACAUCCUGGCUGCUGCCAGCCCUUACAUCAGGACCAAGCUGAACUACAAUCCCCCAAAAGAAGAUGGUUCCAUGUACAGAAUCGAGCUGCAGGGCGUCUCCAUGACUACCAUGAAGCAAAUCCUAGAUUUCAUCUUCAGUGGUGAGAUCACCCUGAGCGAGGAGACCAUCCAGGACAUGGUUCAGGCGUCUGACAUGCUCCUCUUGACCGACCUGAAGGCCCUGUGCUGCCAGUUCCUGGAGAGCUGCAUCACUGCAGAGAACUGCAUCGGCAUCCGCCUCUUCUCUCUGCAUUACUGCCUCGACCACGUGCACCACGUCGCCACCGAGUUCCUGCAGACCCACUUCAGGGAUGUGGAGCUGACGGAAGAGUUCCGAGAGCUGCCUCCGGAGCGCCUGUGCGAGCUGCUGGCCAUGGAGAAGCUCAACGUGGGCAACGAGAAGCAUGUUCUGGAGGCUGUGGUGCGAUGGUUCGCCCACGACCCGGACGAGCGCAGGGUUCACAUGAAGCAGGUCAUGUCCUCUGUGUGGCUGCAGGGUUUGGACGUCAGCUACCUGAGACAACAGGCCUUGGGGGAGCCUCUGAUGAGGGAGGUGAUCAGAGAGCACUGUCAGAAGGUCCUGACAGAGGGUCCGCUGCAGGGCGAGGCGCUGCUCGCCGCCUUCAAACCCAGAGGCUACUCUGAGUGUAUCGUCAUUGCAGGAGGAGAAGAUCGCAAAACCAGGAAGCCGACCGGCGCCACGCGCUGCAUGUGUCCGCUGUACGACUCUAACAGAAAGGAGUGGAUCGAGCUGGAGCCGCUGAGCGUCCCCCGCGUCAGCCACGGCGUGGUGGCUGCAGAGGGCUUCCUGUUUGUGAUGGGCGGGGCGGAUGAACACGGGACGAUCCUGGACAGUGGAGAGAAGUACGACCCUGACUCCAACUCCUGGAGCUCCACACUUCCCAUGCUGCAGGCUCGUCAGAACUUCGGCGUGGUGGAGCUGGACGGCCUGAUCUACGUCCUGGGAGGGGAAAGUGAAUCGGCCGAGCUGACCACGGUGGAGGUGUUCGAUCCUCAUCUCAACACCUGGAAGAUGCAGACCAGCAUGACCAUGAUCCGUAAGGUUGGAUGCUACGCCUCCAUGAACAAGAAGAUCUACGCUGUUGGUGGGGGCUCCUACGGGAAGCUGUUUGACUCCGUGGAGUGCUUUGACCCUAAAACCCAGCAGUGGACGGGUCUGUGUCCCCUGAAGGAGCGGCGGUUCGGCUCCGUGGCGUGCGGCGUCGGGCAGGAGCUCUACGUGUUUGGCGGAGUCCGGAGCAAAGAGAACGAAAACCCGGAGACGAGACAGAUGUUGACCUGCAAGUCGGAGUUCUACCACGACGAGCUGAGGAGAUGGAUGUUCCUGGACGACCAGAGCCUGUGCAUCCAGACCAGCUCCACCUUCGUCUACGGGGCGGUGCCGAUCGGAGCCAGCAUCUACGUGGUGGGAGACCUGGACACGGGUACGAGCUUCGACUACAUCCGGGAGUUCCGCCGCAGCUCGGGGACCUGGCAUCGCACCAAGCCCAUGUUGCCCACGGACCUGUCCAAAACCGCCUGCGCCGCCUUACGCAUCGCCAACUGUCGCCUGUUCCGCCUCCAGCUGAACCAGGGAAUGUUCCGGAUCAGAGUGUGAUCUCUUUACCUGCUGGAGGUUUGGGAUUUGGGACUUCUGGGAAUACGGAAAUGUUUGUUGUUGGUCUUUGUUUACUUGUUUGUUGUACCACUUUAUGGAGCAAAGGAAGAUCUUAGCACUAUAGAUUCCUACUUUAAAAGACUGUGUUGUAAAACGGACAUUCCUCUUAUGUAACACUCCAGUCUGAGAUUCAACAGCAUCCUCCACUUUACCUGUGUCAACAGGAAGCACAUACAAUUCAGGAUGUUCGUUUGCCUUUUAGCCCUUAAAUGUAUUAUGAUCUUAUAUUUUUAAGUGUGUAUUUGCUAAAAAUGAGCUGCUGUUGGUGUUUGGGUAAUGCUGCUUUUCCCAUAAUCGUGAUUUCCAAAUAAUCAAACAUUUAAAAUAAUCUCUGCAACAUUUCCACCGGAGCUGCUGCAGUUUCCGGGUGGCGUUGGUUCGCUGACCGAGGCUUGAGAGGUCUUCCUCUUUAGCGUGUCGAUGCUGCAGCGGUCUCGGAUGUCCACUACAACAACUGGUUCACUGAGAUGCUGGUUUCAGGACGAUCGGGUGCAGCCGUUUGUGUGUUGUUGCUUUAGCUCCCAAACCUUCAAAGAUGAGUUGUGCAGCAAAAAUCAAUCUGAAUCCAAUCCAUUUGAUUUGAUAUAGCGCAGUUUUAAUAAAAAUAUAAUGUAAUUUUUAGAUUUCUGCACCAAACCACUUUGUUUGGUUAAGAAAAAAAGUUAUCAGAGACAGAUUUGAUGAGUCAGUGUUGCUUUUAGUAGGAUUGAUUUGACUUCGAUGAAUCUGAUUAUAAAUGCUGCCUCUCGUGUAGCUAAACCAUUGACUGUAUAUGAGAACUGGACUGAGUGAGUGUAAUGUCACUCUUAGAAAACGUCUCACUUCUGGCUCCAACCAAAUAAAGUCAAUCAGUCACCAACUUUUCUUGAUACGAAGAUGUUGAAGCUAGACAUUGCCAGUCAGUCUGAAUCAUGUUUCUAUGGCGACCACUCUCCCCAAUCAGGAGUGAGCUUGUUGGAAGGCCACUCCCCUACCACUUGAAAGUGGGCUACACCAAAUCUAAUAAAUGUGUGUAGCAUCAGAGCAAAAAUUGUUAUUCUGAAAAAAGAAUGACUGAGUAAUCGCAGUAUAUUUCUCCACAAGUCUGUGUGGUUUUUAGCAUCUUGGAGCCAGUGGGUACUUCCUGUUUGGAACACGAAGGGUUAGGGGUCGCUUAGUCCUAUUCUUAUAUACAGUCUAUGAGCUGAACCAGUGAUCCAGAACCUCUACUGCUUUUGCAGUAAAGUUCAUGUUAAGUUUCAGGAUAAAAUCCAGUCGGAAGUAAAAGUAUUAACAUUAAAAGCUUGGGAGUCCUUGUGAGUCAGCUCAGCGUUUGGUCAAUGUGGUCUUUUUAUGUCUAGUGCUUCUUAAGGGUCUGUCUUUCUGCAGAUGAUGCAAUCCUGUUGGAGAAACCUGGGUUUGCUUUUAAGGGUGGAGUUUUUGCAGCUUGUCUUCUGUUGUGAUGGUUGAAACCUUGUGUUUUUGUUGGGGAUGAGUCGCUGUGUGUUUAUUUUUUUAUGUUUCUAUUGAAAAGAUGCAGAAUAAGAAUAACAAACAGAUCACUGCAUGUUACUCUGACUGUGUAGCAUUCUGUUACUGGUUAAUUCAUGUUAGUACUAGGGCUGGGAUUGCCAAUAAUUUCCAGAAACUAUUAGAUUCGUUUUUUUUUUUGUUUUUUUUUUACUUUAUUCUUUCAAUCCACACGUUUUAAUUUGAUUCACUUAAAUUAGAGUUUACAUGGUUUAUACAUUUAGGCACAUUUGUUCAGAAAUACAUUAAUAAUCACAUAUAUAUUUUUAAGAUAUUCAUAUUAACCUGAUACAGUUCAAGUAUUGUAAUUUUUUAAGUGAAAUUAUAACAAUAUUGUUAAUGCCACACAUUGUUUUAUGGUUUCUCAAACUAAGAAGCUCCAACAAUUGUUCUGCCUCUCCUGGAGGGCGUUUCAGUUUGGCCACUAGGUGGCGAUUGCGGUAUAGCAUCACACAUAAUUCCAGAAGAAGAAAGUUUAAGCAAAAAAAAAAAAAGUUUAGACCACAAAUGGAUACUUUAAAAAAUGUUUCCUUAAAAAACUUUGGAAAAUUAAUGUCUGUGAGUUUAUAAGAUGUAUGUUUAGGACUUCCAAGUGUUAGCAUCAGCCUUCCUAUGGAAAAUUACAUUAUACGUUAGCAUCAAGCUAGCUGACGUUAGCAUUAUGCAUUCGAUCGAUCUGUACUUUUAUAGAUUGAUUAUUGAUCUAUUAAGCUUAGAUCGAUUCAUCAAUUUUAUCAACCCAGCCCUAGUCGUGACUACCCUCAACACGCUGUAGCCGAAGAUCAGAAGUCUAAAGGAGCUUUCCUCAGAGUCGCUGGAGUCUGCCUUAUGAGGGGGAAUGAGGGGUCCAAUUUCCUUGAAGAGUUGAGCUUUUUUUUUACCCCUCCAUCCCCAUUCGCUUUCCAAAAUUGACAUAAAUAAUAAAUAACCAGCAAGGUUAUUUCAUAAUGGUUUAUAUUAGGUGUAGAGUUGGCCUUUUGAACAUGGUAGUCAAUGGAGAAUUGCUCCUUCCUGACUCCUUGGUGUUUUAAUGUACAGCGCUUUGUAGCAGUCUGCCUGCGUUAAAGCGCUUUAUAAAUAAACUUGAUUGAUUGAUUGACUCCAGUGGUCUUGGGAGGAACUGUAACAUUCGGUACUGUCAGGUUUGUGUCAGGUUCAGGUUUGGAGGUGGGGGGUUCCUGGACAGCCUCUUGUUAAAAAAGUUCAAACAUGUCGCUGGAAGUAGAUCUGGGAAUCCUGAAUCCGUCCUGCUCAGGUUGCUUUUGAGCUUAAUGGAUGGUUGGUUUCAGAAUUUACAGACACGUCUCAGAGUAGUCAUUAAAGAGCAGUUUCACUGUGAAACACCAGUUUCCUUCAGGUUGAGCUCCUCAGAACAAAGACUUCCACUCUGAUUUACUGGAAGAACAACCUCUUGAACAGAAUCUUUUAAAAACUUUGCAGGCUCAAAUGUUCUUAACAGCUUCCAGUGUUUCUAAUCAACUGACAAAGAAAGAAACGAGUGUCUGACAGCACAUGCAAAUGGAAAUAAUCCUCCAGCUGAGUGUGAAUCGAUGUUUGUGUUCAUUUUGACACUUUUCCGUGUGUCAUCAUUUACAGUCAACACUGCGACACAUUUCCAGUUUGCUCUGUUUACUCAACACUUCCUCAGGACUCCCUGUGCAGGGAUUCUACAGAGGACGAUAAGAAACUCAUUACAAAGAAAUUAACUUCAGCCGAAGGUGUGCUCUGGUCGACUGGAGGUGACGGUCUUGCCUCAAUUUUCACAUUUUCACUUUUGAGGAAGUUGCUGCUCGGUGUGUUUCAUUUACGUCAAAGGGAUUAAAUGGCAAAGCUGUUAAACAGA